CCAGAAUCAAGUCUUCCCUACAUUGCAGCAAUAGAUUCUAAAUGGCAUUCAGUGGAAAGUACGAAUUGGAGAGUCAAGAAAACUUUGAGCAGCUCAUGAAAGCUCUCGGACUUUCAGAUAAUAUAAUUCAGAAAUAUAAAGACCUCGGCAGAGUUAUUGAACUUACUCAAAAUGGGAAUUCGUUUCAAGCUAUUUACAAUUAUGGCAGCAAAGCAAUUACCAAUGAAUUCACUAUUGGACAAGAAAGUGAGUUUGUAUCAUUCACAGGGCAUAGAGUCAAGGCUUUGGCAAAGCUGGAAGGUGAGAAUAAGCUUGUUAUCACAAUGGAUGGACUGACUGCAGCUAUGGAGUUGAGUGGAGACAAAAUGAUUGAAACUCUGACCAAUGGAGAAAUUACUGCAAAGAAAAUUAGGAAAAGAAUUUAAAGUGUACAAAACGGAUUUGAACACAAUGAAGCCGAUACCGCACUGUGUCAAAUUUGUAUAAUUGAAAUGAAAGCAAUGGAAUUAGAUUAAUAGCUGUGAAUGAAUUAUUACUUGCAUAUUUCUUUAUAAAGUAAUAUUUUUUCAUUCUGUAUCUAGAUUAAAUUUGGAAUAAACACUUACAGUCAACCUAUGAAAAUCCCU